AUGUCCCAACUUGGCUGGUUUGGUAGCUACGCUUUGGGUUAUGUUCCACAACCUUGGCGGCAGCCUCCUCAGUACGACUCCUUCUUCACUCAACUUAUUGAAUGGGCCAAGCACGCCAUUACAAUAAGUGAUUUUGUCUCCGGCAACAUGGGUCGAGGUGGUGAAUAUGAUCCCAACCUAUGGACCAUCCCGAUGGAGUUUACGUGUUCCUUGUUCAUCUUCCUCGCCCUGCUGGCAUUCUCAAGACUAAAACCGAGUGCCAGGCUGAGGUUGGAAAUAUUCAUUGUUCUUUACUGUCUAUACUACGCAUACUGGCAGAUGUUUCUCUUCUGUGGCGGGAUGCUUCUCUGCGAUUGGAGCUUCUAUCUCACACAAAUAGUGCCCGAAUCGACUUGGGGAGGCUCUAUUAUACGCAUAAAGCCAAUGGUCAAGAUUUGGGGCAAGGUAGUCGACAAAUAUUGCCAGCUCCGUCAUGCCGUCUGGGCUGCUUCGCUCAUCCUCGCUAUUCAUGUUCUAGGCAUGCCUGCUGUUGGCUAUGGUCUUGAGAACUCGCCAGGGUUUAAAACGCUGUCCACACUCGUACCAGCCAAUUAUGCAGGUGCUCCCACUGACUUCUGGAUGUCACUCGGCGCAGUAUGGCUAAUUCUAACCAUUGACCGCUCACCGUGGUUGCAAAAGGUCUUUUCGAUGCGUAUUCCCCAGUAUCUGGGAAAGAUCAGUUUUUCGUUAUACUUGGUCCAUGGUCCGAUUUUGUACACCCUGGGAUGGCAUCUUCUUAAAUGGUGCACCAAAUGGACUGAUGAUGAAACAAAUCUUCAAUACGGACUGGGUAUUUGCAUCGCAGCUUGUGGGUUUUGGCCCGUGGUCAUUUGGGUUGCUGAUUUCGUUACACGGAGAGUCGACACUCCUGCUGUAAGAUUCGGGCAAUGGGCAUACAGUGAGCUGGUAUGGAAAGAAGAGGAAGAUUCAAAUUUAGAAAUGGCUUUGAUAGGAAGCUGA